UUGGAGGUUAAAGUUUGAUUAGCCGAUUUCGCGCGAAAACCAAGGACGGUAGCUGGAAUAUUCCUCCUCCGAUCUUGUGGAACGUCGAAACAAUUGACUUAUCUGGCUGGUUAGGCAAAGCUUGUUUGCCGUGUUUAAAUCAUAUUUGGCAGCAGUAGCUUACCAGUUUGAAAUGCCUAAGAGAUCUUAUCCUUUCGAAGAAACUUUCUCUUCCCAGUAUAAAAUUCAUGUCGGCCAAAAGGAAAUGAACCACCACGGAGUCUUUGGAAGCAAGUACAGACAAGAAAUCUACGAGAAGACAAAGAAUUUGCUCUUCAAUGGUGCAAAAGCUGUCAUUGGGACAAUAUGGAAACUGGAUGGUGAAGGGAACCAGUCUUGUAUUGAAACGGCAGGUCCCAGUGUGAUUACCGAGAAUCGGACCCUGCUGCGAGGACAGACCAUGAUUGGAUUGGAUGGCAAGCUGAGAAGAACUGGCCCUGAUGCUGAUACGCCCAGGACUUCUGCAGCAUGCUGUGUCUGUCUGAAAGGCACGGGGAAGAAGGCGUGCUCGCAGUGCGACCGCUCGGUCUGCCCGUCCUGCAUCAGGCAGUGCAGCGACUGCUCUGGCCUCUGCUGCUCAGUCUGCACGAUUGUAGAUUACAGUGACCGGUAUGACAGAGUGCUAUGCUGUGACUGCUCAGCGUAGCCAAAUAAAAGGACAUGAAGGGGAUGAGCUGUCAUUGUGCCAGAUAUUUGUUUUGGGUUUUUUUAACCUGUUAUUUCUGUAAAAUUGUUUUUUAAUGCAUGACUGUACACUUACCUUUUGUAAAUACUUUAGGUUUCUUUAAUAAAUUUGUAUGAAACAUCCUGAAA